UUCCGGUGGUCAGAGAGGAGCAGGCGGCAUCAGACGUAUGCUGAACCCAACUUGGUGCGAGUUUUACUCCACUACGAGACAACCUCGGUUUAACUUGCUAAUCCGGGAUCUCUGUAAAAGCUCUUUUGGCUUCUCUGAAGCUGAGGAGAGCAGCCAAGCUAUAAUUGCACGGAGAUGGGUCUAUUUCACGUCGGAGCUAUGACUAUCACAGUUAAUUACUUACGUGCACUUUUAUUCUUGUGGCUUAUUGUGGCUUCACAAAAUCCCACAGUUGCCGGGAGAUCUGAGAUAAGCGACGAGCUCGCGUCCGGAAGAAACGAGAUCGUCCCCACGACAGCCGGGUCAUCAUGGGUCGCGACCAGUUCUUCCCCCUUGAAUGAUGAGGCGCAAAAGACUAAUCUCCAUUUGCAGAUGACAUUGAUGAUAACAUCAUUAAAGUUCAGUCAUCAACUGACAAAUAGGACCGCGCUUCAGAUAAUAUCCAAGCAGCUCUCCCAGAAGGUUGAAGAGCUUUACAAGGAGAACGGUGCAACUGUCAAAGUUCGCGUUGAGUCCUUCCGACAAGGCACCUCGGACAACAUCUUGGCGUCGCUUCUGCUCAAAGCUUCACAAGUGAAGGCUCUCCAGGAGCUCUCUGAUAUCAUGAAAACACGGAUCUCCUAUCAAGGCAGCAUCGGCGACUUCAAGAUUUCCAGAGAGAUGUUCACACUUUCUAACAAAGGGGUCUGCUGCCAGCCUCAUCUUCACCUCGGCUUCGAGUACUCAUCCGACGGCGAACAGGCGUACGAUGAUUCCGGACGCGACAACAACGCGCUUCUUAUGGGCUCCAGAGACGUCAUUAUCCGUGACGUCACCAGGUGUCGUAAUGCGCUCAAUCUCGGCCCAGGUCGCCUCAGCUUCCGCAGUAGCUGCAUGCCCAAGACCACCAAAAGCUUGACCAUCGCUAUAUGGCUGAAGCUGAACUCCAUAGAGGGGAACCAACCGAUCUUGAUUAUAGCCAAUAACGGCAGUCAGGAGUUGCGGUUUGAGAUAAAUGAUGGGAAAUUGUUUUGGGCUUACGCCGAUACGAAAUCACCAGGUACCGGAUUCAGAGCGGUAUGGAGAAGACCACUAAAAACCAAAACUUGGACCCACGUUGCUGCACAGUACGACUCUGGCGAGGGAAACGCUCAGAUAUACGUUAAUGGGGCCGUUGUGGUGAAGGCCCGUGGGCUUGGUGACAUGACAUUGCAAUGGAAACCAAUGACAGCUUUUGGCAGCGUGAUAAAGGAUGGCAGCACGAGGGUGCUGGAUGGGAUUGUGGAUGAGCUGUUUGUGUACAUGUGUAACGUCCCCGUAUCUGUUCUUCAGCAACUUGCACUCAGAUGCGGAGCUGCCGAUGAAGACUGCGCUCCAAAAGGCAAAGUUCAUUACUCAGCCUUAGUACAAGUCUUAUCCGAGAAAUUUGAUGGCGGCCUUAGCAAUCAAACAUCUGAAGGUUAUCGUUCCAUAGUAACCAAGCUUGAAGCCCAAUUCGAUGAGUUUUACAGCGGUUAUUCUGGAUUGCAGAAGUCUAAAGUGGUGCGUCUAAGACGCGCUCUUCCCGGCCUCUUAGCGGACAUAGCGAUUGAGAGUGUUGGUAACGGCAAUUCGACAGACCUCAGGACCGCCUUCAUGGAUGCUGUCCAGUCCGGUCAUGUUGUCAACAUCACUGUGGAUCCGGACGUCGCGCACUUUGCAAGAGAGGUGUCACCACCUGGGUGUGGCAAUGGGGAGUUUUACUGCGGAGUACCUGGCGAGUGUGUGCCCCAGACACUACGCUGUAAUAGACAGAUGGACUGUAGAGAUGCUUCAGAUGAACAAGACUGCGGUAUACCAACUGUUACGACAACAAGCGCACCGCAACCCACGAAGGGCAAGACUGUACUUGGCGACCCCUCUGGGCCUUUAGCCGGUAUUAAUGCCACCGAGGUACCGUCAACCAUCAUUGGAGGAAACAGAACUGACAGGCCCACAGUAGGUGUACCAGGGAACGCCACAAUAGUACCAGAACUUGCUACUAGGACAGCUAAGGACACUACAGAGAGUCUAUCUGUAAACACUACUUCAAUGCCAGUGCAUAGUACUGAGACUGAGGCAUCCACAGAACCGCAUACAAACGCGACAAUUCUUCCUGUCACUACAAAAGCGAUGAUGGGCUCAGAGAUGUCAGGUACAACAUCACCAACAGUACCAUCAAGUGCUGCACCGACUGAGAAAUCUAGUGACGCUGAAGCAACUGUCCACAUGACAGAGUCUAUGACUACGAGGGUGACGAUUGUUGAAGGCACUGAUGGGAGUGCUGUAUCGGGCACGGGACCGGCUGUGGUUGUCAACGCAACAGAGAUGCCUGCAGGUGUCACGACUGAUCAGUUACUCACUUCUCCCUAUGUCACCGAACAAGAUACCACGGGCGCACCUACUGAUAUGCCUAUUACCCGGUAUCAGGUGGUUUCGCCAAUCACUUCAACGUCUGUCCCUGAACAGAACGCGACUGCUUUACCAGCGACCACCUUCCAGUCGCUAAACAAAACAACUACUGAAGAAUCUGUUGUAGAGCCAAAUGCCACUGCGGUUCCAACACGUGUGAAUGCGACUUUAGUGGAGACGACGGGCAUGCCUGUUAAUGUCACGAAAAUGCCCGAAAUGGAGCAAAGCGCAAUUGCAGUUCCUACCGUACAAGUGAAUGCGACUUUUGCUACUCCGACAGGUUCUUAUGUGAAUGCAACUACAAGACCUGGAAUACAGCCAAACGGGACAGCACUGCCUACUGCUAGUACUGGUACCACUACUGUAGAAUUAAGGACAAGUGUUGCACCAACUCAACGUGCGAAUACGACUUUGGUAGCUCCGACAGAGACGUAUCCAACCGCCACGAAGAAGCCUGGGAUGGAGCAAAACGCAACAGCGCUACCCACCAUGCGUGUGAAUGCGACUUUGGCAGCUACCACAAGCAUGCAUGUGAACGUGACGAAGGAGCCCCGAAUGGAAACAAAUGUAACGGCUCUACCUACCGCACAUAUGAACACAACUGUGGCAGCGACAGGUAUGCCCAUGAAUGCUACCAUGAAGCCCGAAAUGGAACAGAACGCAACAGCUCUACCUACCGCACAUAUGAAAACAACUGUGGCAGCGACAGGAAUGCCCACGAAUGCGACCAUGGAGCCCGAAAUGGAACAGAACGCAACAGCUCUACCUACCUCGCCUUUAAACGCGACUCUGCUAGCUCCGACACAUAUGUAUAUGAACGCAACGAAACGGCCCGAAGAGGAGAAAAACGCAACAGCUCUACCAACUACUGGUGCAAAUGCUACUUUGGUUGCUACAACAGCGACAGGAUUGCAUGUGAACGUGACUUUGGCAAGUCCUACAGGCACUUACGUGAACGCAACCAAAGAGCCUAAAGUGGAUCAAAACGCAACAGCUGUACCUACUUCACGUGAGAAUGCGACUUCAUCAGUAACAUCGCAGCCUAUUGUGAUGAACACAACCAAACAACCUGUAUUGAACGCUACACUAGAGCCUACUAUUUCAUUAUUAAACAGAACAGCAGUGCCAACAACACAGUACAAGGGCAAUGAUACAGUACAGCCCACACAGAGCAACCUCACGGUUACCGAGACCUUCACCGGGAGCUUACGCAGCCCCAGUACUAAGAUCUCGAGCACCACAAGUCCUACACAAGCCGCCAAUGUGAGCGUACCCAUGACGAAAGAGACGAAAACGACUACAGCUACAACAAAAAGUUUGGCUUUCAAUAAAACAAGGACCGUGACCCCCACGGCUGUGGGUAACGCAACGAUAAAGGCAACUGCGAGCACGCCGACGAAUGACACUACAGUUAGCCCCACUUCCGAGCCCGAAGCGAUGACAGAGCCCUCCUUUCCGACAUCUCCCACAAGGGGAAAUACAACUGACGAAUAUUUACGCGCUGGUGACAACACCAGUACAACUGCACCGCCCUUUACCGCACCCUACUCAAGCCAAGGACCUACCUCAGCUCAUAACAUUAGUACUGCAGUCCUUGAGAGUAACGUGACCACACCCCGAGAGACAGGGAAACCCACACAGACAACAAGACGCACGGCCACGCCCACCACCCUUACCAUGACUACCGGCGUUCUGAAGUCUCUUUGUCCCAGUGGCUAUUUCUACUGUGGGACGGGUCCGAAAGGCGAGAUAAGCUGCAUUAACAAGGCUCUUAGGUGUAACGGCAUCUACGACUGCUCGGUGACAGGCUGGGAUGAGGAUGGAUGUGGGCCACCAGAAGUGUCCGUGACGCCCGCAAUUACAACAAACAUCGCCAUAGGCUCCACCUACUACUGCACAUGCGUAGCCACUGGCAUAUACCCCACCCAGUCCUACGCAUGGUUGCACAAUGGGAAACCGCUGAACGCCUCAGGCAGGGUUACUAUAGAAACAUUUGAUGGAAAAAGCUCGCUCGAGGUUAUCAACGCUACUCGUGAGGACAGCGGCAGUUACGCAUGCGUUGCUGAGAACAUAAAGGGAACAGGGAAUCCAUCGGAACCCAGUUGUCAGCUACAAGUACGAGCUCCUGGAGAAGCUUGUAAGCCGCCCCAGUUUAAUUCCAUCGCGAUAUCAGAAAGCGAGUGUCACGACUGCUUCUGCAUGAGACGAACGGAUCAGUGUAACAGCUCUACACUCUAUAAGGACCGGGUUUCCAUCAAAUUCAAGUCUGACGCCGAUGCUGAUGGUUUCCGCCUGAUCCACGCCUCCGGUGCUGAUGUGCAGCGGUCUCAGUACACGGUAGAUGCGCACACGCAGGAGUUGGUAGCUGCGAACAUGUCAGGGGAUGUCGUGUACUAUUGGAAGCUACCUCCAGUCUUUCUUGAAAAAAAGUUUGUGAGUUACGGAGGGAGCCUGCACUACACCAUCAGGUAUUCACACACUAGUAAGAGUGUCGGGGCGCGGCGUGUCAGAAGAGAUUACGUGGAGGGAGUGUACGCAAGUGACGUACCGCCAGGUGCAGUUGAGGGAGAGGAAGGCGGUGAGACGGAGGAGGAAAAGGGGCCAAUACCCGUACCUCCCUCUAAUAGACCUACCAUGUCUCCAGCGACCACAAACCAACUAGCAACUCAAGGAGACAACUUCACGACAUCACCCCUAGCUAAUAGGCCAACUAAGAUGACUAAUAUCCCUACAGAUCAAGAGGAGAGAAUAAACAAAACGGAAGAAUCAUCUACUGAGUCUGCGACCACAUCCUUGGGUAGGACGUCUGGGGUACCCAUUACCCCUCACGCCCAGGGCUCUCUACCCCCUACCGAAGCUGCAACGAGACCACGCCCUACGCCCUCUAUACCUACUGAGAUACCAUCUGAGACGCCCGCGAAUACAUCUACUUUCACUCCCUCUACCCACACCCCGACGGACACGCCCACCUCCAGGGUAGUGGUGGCCUCGGAGUAUGUCGUGUCGACGCCAAGUGGACCGACAUUGAUCACAAAUGUGCAGACGACGAAGGCGCCUACUACUAUUCUCACCGAGAGGCCGACUCAUUGUUCGGAGGGUAAUCGUACGUACACUAUCGGCGAAAUCUUCGUGACUGAUAACUGCUCUGAGCGCUGCUUGUGUACCGAAGAAGGGCGUCUCGCCUGUAUUGGGCUUUGCCCCCCUCCGCAGACAUGCAGCCCGCAAGAGAGGAAGACGGAGCGGAUGGUGCUUGUACCGGGAAGCGAAUGCCAAUGUAGGGAGAUCACAUGCAUCCGCAGGGUAACAACACCACAACCAACAACCGUACCCACAAAGGAAGCCAUCGAUGAGGCACUAGGAGACGUCGUGCUCGUGGGUCAGGGAGUAAUUUUAACUUACAGUCACGUGAAGGACCCUUCGCCUGACACACCCAAGGAGAUGCACGUGCCGCUUGCUGAGGAUGUGUGGUACACACCUGAGAAGCGCCGUCCGUCGCGCUUUGACAUGAUGCGACUUCUGUCCGGAAUCGACUCUAUCCUUGUCCGGGCCACCUAUACUCCUAAGGUUGCCAUGGAAACCUUCAGCAUCAAAGACGUCGCUCUUGAUGUGACCGGGAGCGAGAAUAAAGGACUGGGGAGAGCAGUACACGUUGAGCAGUGCGCAUGUCCGCGUGGUUACACCGGGCCCUCCUGUGAGUCCUGCUCGGCCGGUCACUAUGUUGUGAGGACAGGGAACCCAUUCACUGACAUUUGCAUCCCAUGUCAAUGUCACGGCCAUUCGGACCAGUGCGACGCCAACACAGGGAUAUGCUACAAUUGUACACACAAUACUGAGGGACCAUACUGUAGCAGAUGUAAGGCUGGUUUCUAUGGCGACCCUACGGCGGGAACUACUAAUGACUGUCGCUCGUGCCCAUGCCCCCUUACACAACCUUCAAACAGUUUCAGUCCCACAUGCUUCCUCGGUGGAGAUGGAAAACCGACUUGUGACAACUGUUCUCGAGAGUACACAGGCAGAAACUGCGAGAGAUGUAGCAAGAAUUACACAGGGAACCCGCUUAUUCUAGGAGAGAAGUGUCUUAUCAAAGGUCCAGACUCCUGUGAUCUUAGAGGAAGCUUUUCGGACAAACCGGACAACACGACACGACUGUGCAAGUGCAAGGAGUACGCAACUGGUUGGGAAUGUCAUGAAUGCAAAAGUGGAGCGUUCGGUUUUGGGCUUUCCUAUUCUGGGGGCUGCAUCAAGUGUUUUUGUAGCGGCGUCACGGACAAAUGCGAGAGCUCCGAGCGCAACAGGACUCAGAUAGGAAUCCGGUUUCUGGUUGGUCAACGGCAGGGUAUCUCGAUCACCGACUUGACUGGGACUUUCUCCAUGAUCAACAUGCUGUACAACCCACGCUCCUACGAACUCGUCUUCCAAGGAUUCGACGCUUCGGCCCCACAGCGCAGACCGCUUUUUUGGAAACUACCAAAGCGAUUCCUGGGAAAUAAGAUCGCGUCUUAUGGAGGAGUUUUGAUGUUCGUCGCGUCGUACGUAGCAAGGAUGGGAGGGGACCCAAUCGACUCACCCACGGCUAUUAUCAAGGGAAAUGGCACGAUCAUCCAACAUCAUUCAAAGGAGAUAUUUACAGGAUUCAUGAAAAGAUUCACUAUUCAGAUCAACGAGACCUUGUGGAAUCAUAUAGACGGCAGAGCGGUGACACGUGACCAGCUUAUGAUGAUUCUGACGUCACUAGAGUACAUUCUGAUCAAAGCCUCCCACGACACCAAUACAAUACGCACCAGUAUUCGAGAGGCGUAUCUUGACGUCGCCAUUGAACGCUUCACAUACCAACCACGUGCCGUACGUGUAGAGAAAUGCGCCUGCCCACCAGGAUACUCGGGACUUUCAUGCGAGACGUGUGAGCCUGGGUACUACCGGAAGCACGAGGGAAAGUUUUUAGGGAAGUGCUUGCCAUGUAACUGUAACAGACACGCGAAGAGCUGUGAUGCCAAUACCGGCAAAUGUAACAAUUGUCUGCACAACACCAUCGGCAAGAACUGCGAGCAAUGCAAGAAGGGUUACUAUGGUGAUCCAACCGUGGGGACUGAGGACGACUGUCGUCCGUGCGCAUGCCCAAUGACGAAACCCCCAAACAAGUUCAGCUCCACGUGUUUCCUUGAUAAAGACGGUAAACAGACGUGCGACAACUGCCAGCUGGGCUACAAAGGCAGGAAUUGCGAGAGUUGCCUUACCCCGUUUGUAGGAAACCCCUUGGUCAUCGGCGACUACUGUAAAUUCGAGGAGGACUGUGGCUGUGACCCUCGCGGCAGCGCCAACAGCUCAUGUAACCCGUUCACCCGCCAAUGCUUAUGUAAGGAGAACGUUCAAGGCCUUCGUUGCAAUGAGUGCAAGCCGUCAUACUUCAACCUUGACUCUGAUAUGCCAGGGGGGUGCAUGCCUUGCUUCUGCUUUGGAGUGUCUCAGGAAUGCAAGUGCGCCAGGACCUUCAGGGAUAAGGUGGUCCUUACGUACCGCAAAAGUACCGAUAGUACCGACAGUGACCUUCGCCUCGGCGAUCUCUCGGGAGACACCAUCGCUAAGACAGGGAUCCUUGUGGUCGGGGUGCCGCCCCAAUACGUGUUUAACCGGUUUGACCGGUUGGCGCGGAAGACGUACUAUUGGUAUCUGCCAAGUCAGUUUAGCGGGGAGAAGAUCACGUCUUAUGGCGGCACACUCAAGUUCUCUUUGUCACAUGAUAUGCUACAGGGCGGCAGCCUCACCAGAGAGCCGGACGUUAUCAUCAAGGGACGGGGACUAGUUCUGGUCCAUAACAUGCGAUUCCCUCCCCCGGGUGGACAGGAGACCAAACAUCAAGUCAAAUUUCUCGAGCCGUUUUGGAAGUUCCCUGAUGGCCAGGAAGCGUCCCGUGAAGAUAUGAUGAUCACCCUGUCUGCAGUUGACCAGAUUCUCCUGCGUGCGACGUAUGGCACGACUACCUAUCAGGCCAGUUUAAGCAGUGCAUCGAUGGAUGUGGCCGUGCCCCAGAACACGCUCAAGGGCCAGGUGUACUCGGUGGAACAGUGCACGUGUCCUCCUCAGUACUCCGGUCUGUCUUGCCAGCGUUGCGCACCUGGCUACACUCGUGUCAAACCUGGCCCAGGCUUCUCCAAGUGUACUCGGUGCAAGUGCAAUCGACACAGCUUGGAGUGUGACCCCGAGACCGGCAAAUGCAUAAACUGCGAUCACAACACCGCUGGUGAUCGCUGCGAGAAGUGCGCAUCAGGUUUCUAUGGCGACGCUACCCAGGGGACCCCCGUAGAUUGUAAGCCUUGCUCCUGUCCGCUGACCAUAGCGUCAAAUCAGUUCAGCCCUACGUGUCGCAUCGAUUCAGAUGGCGCUCCUACCUGUACAGCAUGUCGACCUGGCUAUACCGGACGCGAUUGUGGAAGAUGUGUCCACGGAUAUUCUGGCAACCCUAGAUCUCCUGGCGGCAAGUGCGAGAAAGUAGCAAAGGAGCUUCUUCCCAAGGCCGUGAUGUGGCCGCUGUACCGGCGUGACAGCGAGGGCACAACCACCAUCUUCUACUGCCUCUCUGACGGUAAACGCCCCUUGACGGUCACGUGGUCGCGCAAUGAUGACCGUCCAGUACCUCCACGGGCGCUUGCCGACAGUCGCGCUCUGCGCAUUCCGAAUGUUAGCAAGGGUGACGAGGGGGUGUACGUGUGCACGGUGAAGAACGCCUACGGACAGCAUACAGCGAAAGGAAGGCUCAGCGUACUAGCACGACCUCGAGAGCCAAUCGUCGUGAGCGUCUCUCCCAAGACUCUGAACUUAGCCUCGCGACAGACUGCACGCUUCGUGUGCAGGGCAAAGAGUAAGACGUAUGCGACAGUGAAAUGGAGCAAGGGAUUGAAGGGCACGCUGCCAUCCGGGGCGACAGACAAAGAUGGAGUGCUGACUAUCCCCUAUGCAACUCGUAUUCACACUGGCAUCUACACGUGCACGGGGUCUAAUCAGUACAGUUACGACCAGAACAGCGUACAGCUCAGAGUGGCAGCUCCCAUUGAGCCCCAAGUGUCUAUCCUGCCACGCUUCAUGACGGUUGACGAGGGCGAGGUGGUCCAGUUCCGCUGCACCGCGAGGGGUUUUCCUUCGCCUGUGAUUCAGUGGUUAGGAGGGCCCGGCGGACAACUCCCCAAGGAAUCAGUCAUCUCGGACGAAAACCGAGUAUUGACAAUCCCUCAGGCUAAGAAGGCGCACGAAGGGGAGUACUUCUGUACCGCUAGAAACGAGGGCGGGGUCGGUACCAUGCGGACCAUGCUUUAUGUCCGAGCUGCCGGAAGUAUUCCUGUGAUCUCCGUUAAGCCGAAGUCUCUCACGGUGACCGAAGGCGACGAUGCCGAGUUCGAGUGCAAGGCGACCGGGAACCCUGUGCCUAGUAUUCGUUGGGCCCGGGUCGAGGGCUCUUUUCCCGAUGGAGCGACCACAAUUAAUGGGGUGCUGCGUAUAGAGAGAGCCCGGAUAAAAGACGAAGGGACGUUUGUGUGUACUGCUGCUAACAGGUUCGGCGCAGUGGCAGACAGCGCGUCGCUUGUAGUGGAAAAAGAUACGUCCGUUCCACCGACCGCCCAAGCGGACCCGAAGUCCCAGCGAGUACACGAGGGUGCCAUGGCCAUAAUCACAUGUAAAACCACAGGGGUUCCAAAACCUUCCCUGAAAUGGAACCGUGUCGGAGGCGUCCUGAACUCCAAUCACGUGAUUCAAACCAACCAAUUAGGGAUUGUGAAUGUGACAGAGCAAGACGAGGGGAUGUAUGUCUGCAUCGUGCAGAAUAAGAAGGGCGUACAACAGGCGACCAGUGUACUAGAGGUCAUAAAAAAUGUGUUCCCCGUGGUAUCCAUUCAACCUUCACCGCAGCAGACCGUCGCGGGGGGCGAGACCGUCGUGUUUCGGUGCGCGGUGAAUGCCGGGAUGCCUCCACCUUUCAUCACAUGGUCACGUGACGGUCAGCCAAUCAACAACACUCAGGAUAACUCAACUGCGCAUGUCAUCGAGGGCAAUGUUCUCAAGAUCCCACACGCCUUUGAUAGUGACAGCGGCCGCUAUGCAUGCCGGGCCACCAACCUACUGGGUACAGCAGAAGCCAUUGCGGUUCUGAACGUGAAAGCUGAACCACAAGUUACCGUCUCGCCGUCUAGGCAACACUACGUCGCCACCGGGCGCCAAGUGGAGUUACUCUGCACUGUCACCGGAUACCCUGUGCCUUCCAUUGAGUGGAUAGUUCCCAAUAGGACAGGACUCAGUCCCUCUCUGGUCAAAGUAGCACAGGGAGUUCUUAAGAUCGUGAUAGAGAAUGUGACGUCACCAUACGAGGGUCGGUACCGAUGCAUGGCAAAGAAUAACCUUGGCACGGCAGAAGAAGUUGUGCAGUUGUUCGUUGUCCCAAAUGUUACAAGACCUAACAACGUUUCCGUACAGCCUGUCAAUCAGAAGGUCGUCAAGGGCAACACAGCGACGUUUAACUGCACUGCUUCGGGUGUACCUACUCCUCAGCUCGUCUGGGAAAGAUUGGGUGCAAAAAUGCCAGAGACGGCAAUGACAUCAGAUAAGGGACUGAUGACCAUCGAGUCUGUAGGCGCAGAUGAUUCCGGGGAGUACGAAUGUAUUGCGACGAACAGUGAGGGGUCUGAGAGAGUGCUCGCCAAGCUGGAGGUCAUAGUCCCACCCGAUGUCGCAGUCAGCCCUCAGCAAGUGUCAAUCAAUCUCGGCCGUCCAUUCAGACUCUUCUGCGUUUCCAACCCACCCCUCCCCCUGACAUGGAGCAAAGUGAACGGUACCAUCUCCAAUAGCUCGGUAGUCGUGGGCGGAGUGUUGAUCGUACAGGAGGCCAUCAUUCAAGAUACCGGCAAAUACCGCUGUCACGCUAGUAAUAUUGCCGGCUCUGAUGAAGGCUUUGCUAUGGUGACCGUGCUUGUCGCGCCAGAGGCUGACGUCUCUCCUGUCAGUCACGUGGCUUCCAUUGGCUCCAACGUGACCUUCACCUGCAACGCCACAGGUAUUCCGGAGCCCGUCUACACCUGGACAAAAGAAAACAAUAACCUACCUGAUAAUCACGUGGUCGACCAAGGCAGGCUCACUAUCUAUGACCUGUCAGCGGUUGACCAAGGGAGAUACAUGUGCACGGCCGCAAACGCUGCUGGGUAUGCCCAGAGAGAUAUCUCGCUUACUAUAGAAGAUCUUCCCAGCGUGACGAUAGUUGACGGUACAUCGGUCAAAACUGUUCCCGUGGGGGGUAACCUGACUUUGGAGUGCAUAGGCACAGGGAUCCCAAAGCCGUCUAUUCAGUGGAAUCCUGUGGAGGGGUCCCUGCCGAUCGGCAUUGUCGUGGAAGAGGGUCUUUUGCACAUCACUAACGCAAAGAGCUCGUUUGGGGGAGCAUACCGAUGUACGGUGACUAACACUGUGGGAUCGGUGCAGUCGCAGAUUGUUGUUUUUGUACAAGUCGCACCAAAAGUCACCAUUACACCUCCUGUGGUAAAAAUCAAAGAAGGGGAGCCUGCGGAACUAACCUGUAUAGCCAGCGGUUCACCAGCACCGGAAACCCAGUGGCGCCGGCUAAACGGAUCUCUUCCGGUUACGCACAGUAUCAAAGGAGGGCGCUUGCAGUUGAUGAAUGUGACACAUGAAGACGCGGGGAUCUACAUCUGCAGAGCCACCAACAAGGAAGGAACUGCCGAGGGGUUCGCUACCAUCAAGAUAAAAGGUACCGUGCCGCGUUUCGAGCAAAGCCCUAGCUCCUACAUGGUGUUGCCUACUUUGACCAAACAAACGCUCAACUUCACCAUCGAGAUCUUCUUUUCUCCGGAAAUCGCCGACGGAAUCAUCAUCUACAACGACCAGAUUGAAAACGGCACUGUCGGAGACUACAUCUCCUUCGGAAUGUCUGACGGCUUUGCCGAGUUCCGCUUCGACUUAGGUUCGGCAGGCCCGGCGAUCAUCCGAAGUCACCAGCAACUGACGCUGUAUCAGUGGUACACUGUGGUGCUGACGAGACAGGAGUCGGAGGGGACCCUACAGGUCGACAGCCAACCUGUCCGACGCGGGUCGUCCAAGGGCAAGAGUACCGGUCUGAACUUGAAUCAGAACAUGUUUCUUGGGGGCGUGGCUAAUUACAGCAAGAUUGACAGAUUCUCUGGGUUCAAUAGAGGCUUCAUAGGUUGUAUCAGCUACAUCAAAGUCGAUAACAACACCAUAAGGUUUGACAAAUCCCUGGAAAAGGUCGGCGUAACUGACUGUGAGCCAUGCUUAACCAAACCUUGCAAGAAUGCUGGCACGUGCUCAGAUACACGUGAUCACGUGGGCUUCACGUGCCAUUGUAGGCCAGGUUACAAGGGCCGCACUUGUGAGGGCGUUGGUGAAAGAUGCAGUCCUGGAGUGUGCAACAAGGGCCGGUGUGUCAAUCGCGGGGACACUGGGUUCGACUGUCUUUGCCCAGUUGGCUUUAAGGGAGACCGUUGCCAAGACGGUUCUGUUAUCGAAACACCGCAGUUCGACGUCAAAUCCUUCAUGUCGUUCCCAGGCAUUCAAGGGGCCUUACUAGAGAUCAAACUGAGCAUGCGCUUUAUGGCGAACGACGCAAGCGACGGACUCCUGCUGUACAAUGGUCAGCGGCUACACCCUAACAGAGGCGACUUUGUGUCAAUAGCGAUUGUUGGAGGCAAUGUCGAGUUCCGGUAUGAUCUCGGGUAUGGUCGCGCCGUCAUUCGGAGUAUAAAAAAUAUUACAGUCGGACAGUGGCAUACCGUAGUAGCAGAGCGCUAUCGCCGCGAUGGUUCACUGAUAUUGGACUCAGAGCCAGCGGUGAAAAGUCAAGCGCCUUGCUGCUCUGUCGGCUUGAACCUAGCUUUACCGCUAUACGUCGGCGGAGUCUUAAACUUCGAGACAAUUGACACGGAUAAGGUCGGCGUGAAUCGAGGGUUUAAGGGAUGUAUAUCAGACGUCGCUGUUGAUGAUAACCCAAUAGACUUGAUUAACUCGUAUGUAAAGCACCGAGGAAUUGAACAAUGCACUGAGUGUCUCUUGCCGUGCCAAAUCGAGCCUUGCGUGAACAACGGCACGUGCAUACCUCGCGGACAGACCGGAUAUAUGUGCGCGUGCGGGGAUGGAUUUACUGGUAAAAACUGUGAAUUCCCGCUUGUCGGCCCGGGCAAGAACCGGACUUGUAUGAACGGGGGGCUUCCCUUCCCUCCCUCUGGACGAGUGUGUGACUGUCCUGUGGGAUAUGCAGGAAAGAGAUGUGAGAGUGUCGUCCAGCUUGAAGACUCCAUGUCGUUCUUGGGCGACGGCUAUGUGCAAUACCCUGGAAGUGUCAUGAGACGCAAGCCUCUGGCACCUGAAACCAUGACGAUCUCAAUCAAAACCACCACUUUAGAAGGCGUGAUAUUCUGGCAAGGACGAAAUCUUGGCGCGUCUAAAGGGGACUAUAACGUUAUUGGGAUAAGGAGAGGAUUCCUAGAAUACAGUUAUGAGCUAGGGGCUGGUCCUGCGGUGUUGCGGUCCCGACGCCGUGUUGAUGAUGGUCAGUGGCAUUUCGUCAAAGUGUUCAGGCGAAGUCAAGAUGGCGCCUUGCAAAUUGACGACGACGAAAUCGUUAAUGGGACAUCUAAAAAUGGCGCAAGAAGCUUGAAUACACCUGGACCCAUAUUUAUAGGUGGCGGCGAUGACGUAGAAACCUUGACGUAUGGAAAAUACGCAGCAAGCUUCCGUGGCUGUGUCAGCGGCAUCUAUCUACAGAAUAGAAAACUUCGCGUGCUUGAGGACGCCGUUCAAGGCUACAACGUGAUGCAAUGCGAUGCCAGUCACGAGACGUGACAUUCGACUAUGUAGUCACGUGUGAAUAGAUUGCGUUACUGGUCACGCAACUCAUCUGAGCUAAGCCAUGAGGCGUGACGUUGAUAUUUUUUUAUAGUUGGGGCUUAAAGUAUUGCAAUUUACUCUUUGCAAACCCAAGUUUCCGAAUUGAAUAUAUUAUAUUGCCAUAAGGUUUACGCAUUGUUACAUUCUGUUUAUACACAGUCACAACUUCUCCGUUAUUAAGUCCAAGCGCUUUUGUAGAUUUUUCAGUUAUAGCUUGGAAAUGCAACAUAUUUGCGAUAGAAGUAUAGUUCAAGCGCUGUAAAAAAGUAAGGUUUCAGACAUUAUUGGCUUUUAUAAAACGGACCAAGCUCUUUCAAACUUAAACUCCCCCCCCCCUCACACACACACACACAUAGAGGUGUUUUUUUACCUCAUUUGAAAGCCAAAACUACAAGAAAUGCCAUAGUUCUAGGCCAAAAUAAAUUUGCUGAUGUUUAUUGACUUCUACUGUUCCAACAGUGCUUUUCGCCACUUGCUCGCUAAUUGCUUCACAAAUAAGGCUAAACUACAGGAUACAUAUUUUAUUCUUAUUAAGACAUGCAUAGCAAUAUCAAAAAUAAAGCUUUUUUUCUACUUA